ACGUUUCUACUACCAACAGCGUUUGUUUAAAUGUAUCAGUAUCAACAAACAAAAUGUCAAAUUAUUACCUCAACAAUUAGCACUUUAUCACGGUGUAUGGUGAAAAGCGAGAGUACACUACUCUUAAUAGAAAACCGUAGCGGCAAAGUGUUUGAAUAGCUAAGGAAUUAACUAAUGUUGUUCUAUGAGACUUUUAUUUGGUAAGCUAUCUUGCAGAGUUGUACAUUAGCAAAGCGAGUUGUAUACGACGAGAAGUAUAAAUAAGUAACUACCUCUUCGAGAUACAAACCUUAAUCAUAUACAGUAGUUUCUUUACAAGCAACAAGCUAUUCAUCCCUAUCAACCACAGCUUACAUUUUCAGAAAGGCCCUUUUUAUGCAGCCCAAGCAAGACGAUGACUUAUGCAGAACAUUUUUUCUUUUAGAGUAAUUUCGGCCUCUUUUUGCAUCAAUUGAUAAACUUAAUGACAGGGCUUAUGAUUGAAAAUACAACAGAAAAUAAAAGACUUUUUAACUGUCAUCAAUCCAUACAAUUGUCGAUUGUAAAAAAACUGAAAGUAUUGCGUCCGUACGAGACAGUAUGAAGCUUCAUGUUUUAAUAUCGAAAUGGACGCAUACACACAGAUAAUCCACCCUUCUCAUUAACUCGUUGAAAGCAAAGAACGCAUAGAGCUUUCUCAUAACCACCGAUAAUUAGUCCCAAUGCUGAAAAAUUAUUGGCGGAUUAUUUGAGCCUUGCGAAUUAAAAUGGUUGUCUCCACCGAGUAUUAUUAUGAAUAAAUUAAUUGUUCUUUUCGGAAUUGACUCUACUUGGCAACUAUUAGAUGACAAAAAGGGACUGAUGCUUACGUCGCACUAAUUCGUGAAUUACUCCGACGUACUCUUAAAUUUACUGUCCUUUUGUACUAUGUGCUACCUUUUUAUUUUGGUUAGUCACCUAAAUUUUACGAUAACGAGCUUUAACAAAAUGCAGUUCAAAACCGACAUCUAAAAAUAAGGUUUAAGAAGAGUAAUGAGUCGCGUUAAAUGUAUCUGCUGAAACGCAGUCCAAAUUUGAUGAAGAAUAAUUGCUAUGAUAUUAGGCGAGAUGCUAUACCAUACUGGGAUCUUUGGUAUAUGUUCGUAGGACACGAACGAAUCCCAAUUAAUACGGCGAUACAGGCUGUGUGAAGCAAUAGCAUAUAAAUUGCUCACAGACUUUUACAAAAACGAAGAAAAACAGAGGCCAAUCGACAUAUUACUUUAUGCGAAGUUCGGUUCUAGGACUCUUCUCGUAAUUUUAUAACAAAAUGUCGGCCCUUUUCAAGAAAAGAUUCACUUUUGACGUCCUAAAACAUCUUCCCUUCGAAAAUGAUACUCGGUCAGAACAGUUGUCAAAGCUUGAAUUUAUAUUAGUCAUUUUUUCAAUGCUCUUACCGUUUGCAAUUGGCCAAGCAUCGCCAAGUGGGACAAUGAGCUGGACAAAUGGCUUCAAUUAGAAUACAGAUUACCAAGAAAGACACAUAUUACGCUUAUGGAAAUCUAUUACGAACUUGCAAUGUCUCUAAACCUUCCAGAUUGGAUAGAUGAUAGAGCUGCAAAUCGGUUUAAAAUGCUCGUAGACCUUCCUUCAUGUCCUGACGAAAGCUGUAUAAGCAAUGUCUGUGAGCAUCCCAUUGACAGACGUUUUCUCACUGUUGCCGAUUUACAGCUAGAUUGGCGGUUGGCUUUUAAGCUGAUGAAGAAACAGCUUUUUCGUUUGGAACAAUGCACAACCUCUGUUCUUUCUAGGCACUCCUUUGAUGCCGUUUUAAUUCGUGCAGCUAGCGCUUUUUUCCCGGCGGAAGAAACGAAUAACGUUCUGAAUGAAGUAUUGCCAUUAUUUUCCUUAUCCGACUUUACAGAUGCACUCGCUGCCGUUGGAAUGUUAUCUUUAUUACUUCCCACUUCAAUUUUAACAAAUGUUCCCAGCUUGAAUCCACAGACAUGGCUCCCGACUAUUUUCCAUCUUCACAGUCUAUUUACAAAAAACGUUGUUGCUGACACAAUGCUAUUUGAUAUUCUUUCUCGCUUAGCUGUCAGCGGUCUUAAUGACGGCUUUAAAUAUAGCUUUUCUGAAUAUGGUAUUUUCACGCCUGAACAAGCACGAACCUUGUUUCACUAUGGUCUCCGGUUAUUCAAUGCGGAUGACCCUGAAGGAAUGUCACUUUUUUCCAACUCAAAGCAGUACACGGUCAUGUCUAAGUUCAAUGUGUAUCCACCUGAUGGAGUGGCCUUCGUUCCUUACUCGGAAGAACGCACGGCUAUGUAUAUGUUUGACGCUGAAAACUCGAACGCUAUUUCAAAAUUUGCCGAAUGGAUUGUUUGUUCACUGAAUUUAAAAUGCGAGCAAACUGAGGAUAAUAUUCUCACUAUGCUGAACGAACUUUUCUACCUGCUUACGCCCUAUUAUCACCUAUCUGCCAAUGAACCAGGAAAUGAAUUGCUUUUUCAGUUUCUCGCUGAACUCUCACAAUGCUUUCUCAAACGUUGGACAUAUGAAAACGACGAGGAUGUUACUAUUCCAAGAGAGAAACGCUUGACAAAUCAUAUAAAAAAAGAGUUUGUGGAAAUACUUAAACCGUCUGUACUUAAUGCCAUUCACUCUACAGAAGAGUAUUUAAGAACCAUGGCGCAGAAGUCUCUUCGCGCUCUUGCCAUUCUUGAACCAGAUGCAAUUGUUCCGUGUAUGUUAAAGCGAAUUUAUUCAGCCCUUGAAUCAUCAGUUAAAUCACAUAACGCGCUUGUCUCGAUCGAGUCUCUUAUUUCGUUAGCUCAAGUAAUAGCUGGAACAAAGCAAUAUCAGCCUCAUAUUCUUCCAUUGCUGGAACUAAUUCUUCCCGGGAUCGACUCUAACUUUUGCGAAAGAACAGAACUCGUCUUAAAAUUCGUGGCGAUUGUCUCGCAUUGUGUUUCGUUUUACAAUAUAGACGAGCAACUGGGCUCUGGCAUAUUCCUCGAAUGGUUUCAGUCAGAAAUCACCAAGCUCAGACAAAUGAAUGAUGAUAAUUAUCUAUUGCAUGAUGAUGCUAAGGCCAUUUUUAUUGACUACGAUAAAGUUAUGACUAGUUCAAUGACUACUUUUUGCAAUUGGUUGCAUGCUUUUGAGAAUCGCAUAUAUGCGCUGCUUGAGAAUUUUCCCACUGACUACAGUAAAGAAGAUAUUGAACAGUGUCUAUCGAUGACAUUAGAGUCAUUACUGCCUGCUCUGAGCGAUGAGUGGUUUGAUUUAACACUCUCAAGACUCUGCAACUUUCUUUCAACAAACGUUGUUAACCAGGCUGUCAAUGCUGUUAAUAAGGUCUGUGCUGCAUUUACUCAUGCUUCUCCGGAGAAAACUUGGAUGACACUAUACCCUGUUAUUUCUCAUAAUAUUAAUGUCGAAAUUGACAAGAGGAACGCAGACCCGUCUAUUGAAUACUACUUGAAAAAAAAUAUAGCUGACGAUUGUAAACUAGUCUGGAAUCUGAAUAUUCUAAAUGGUAUUAUUGACUUUAAUGGAAAAUAUUUCCUGGAUAAAAGGUGUGAGUUAAAGGAACUUCUUGACAGAUUACUUUUGUGCAGGGGAUCUACGGAACCAUUAGCUUCAUCUUUCGUUCACCAACUGGUAUUCAACUUAAUUUCGGCAUAUCCAACGAAUUUUACAAAACGACUACAUCGUCCUAUAGCCGAAUGGGGGAAACCCUAUGAAAAUAAGUGUCUUCAAAUACACUGGUAUAUACCUUCUGAGCAGGAAAUCGAUUUAGCUGUUUUCAUAUGCGAUCGGUAUAUGUCUUUAUGUAUGGAUUAUUUACAGCAGAGAGUCAUCACUCAGAAAUCAGCUGCAGUGACAAAUGAAUGGGUUGAUGAUGUCUGUUCAUACCUUGAUUGGUUGCGCUUGUUAAGUUCAGCGUCGGCAGAGCUCUUUCAAAUUCCUGAUAUAGAGUUUCUUCCAGAAUACAAACAUGACGAGUACAACACGUACACCGGAGACUAUCAAUACAUACGCUCAAAAGCUCGUAGUCGUUGGACUAUAUCUCCUCAACAGAACUCCGUUAUGGAGGCCUUAAGAAAGCGUUUAGGUUUUCUACUAGUCGAAAUUCAUAAUGCUGUUUUCAAAUCACCUGGCUAUGAUGUUAUGAUCUUGGAAAAUGUGGUUGCUUGUGAAAAGUAUUACUUAAUUGAUUAUGAGUAUUCAAAAUCAUUAAGACGUUUCAAAGAAAUCGACAUCAUUUCUAGUCCUUUGAUUUCGUACUUCUGCUUUAAAGAAGCGAAACAACCAUAUAAUACAACGCUUUUGCAAAAGAGGAUUCAACUUAGUUUCCUCAAACAUCUUCGCCUGUCGUACGUACCAAGAAUUCUCACUUCAAACGAAAUGUAUAUAUAUAAGCAGCAAAUCAAGCUUUGUUAUUCAAAUCAUAAUAAAGUACGUCUUAUCGCUCAAGCCUCUUUGACAUCUUGCGACGAUCUCUUCCGUGAUACACGAUUAGAACUUUUUCAAUUCUUGGUAAGCAUUCUCAAUGAAACUGAGAAUGCUGACGUCCUGGAGGGAUCAAUUGAUGCGUUGUACACUGUUCGUUCGUUACUGAACAUAAUAAAGCGGCAAUGGGUAUUUUUAUACCCAGUGCUUCAAAUUAUUGUUCGAUUGCGAAACUCGGACAAGCCUGCCUUUCAGACGGUAGCUUUGCAACUUUACAGAGAAGUUGCAUCAGAAAUGUGGGCUGAAACCUAUUUCCCCAUAUAUGAACAUUACUUCGUCCCUAAAAUACCUUCACAGUUUGAAAACGAAGAACUGCGACUGUUCAUCAUUGCGACAGAACAACAAAGGCAAAGAGAUAUUAACAUAGCCUGCAUGGCUCGGGAUGAGUUCAUAGAUACAUUUCCCGAUGCUCAUUCCAAAACGCAAGAGCUGAUCUUACACGCAUUAUAUACUUUGUCCGUUAAUUUUCUUGCUCCUCCAACAUCAAGACUGCUGAAGUUAUUUAGUGAAGGAAUAAUCUCAUCAAACUAUACUACUGCAACCUACUGUCUUGCCGGAUUGUUUGAAGUUUUGUAUUUUGUCUGGCAGGUAUCUCUAUCCAAAGGUGAUGCGAAAGAUCUACUGUCUCAAAACAUUCAUCUCCCUAGUGAAAAAAGAUUGAAGAAAACACCAGAUAACAUUGCUCAGAUAAAGCAAACUAUUUUCGAAUUUACGGGCAGCAAAAAAAUACAUUACAUUCGAGCGUCAUAUCCCGGCUGGCUUGCUAUACCUGAUACUUUGGAUGUUUAUGAGCAAAAUUACAACGGGCAAGUGGAUUUCUCGGCUGCGCAAAAGCUGGUUGAUACUGCUUUGAAAUUAAUUAACGAAUCUUGGUUACAGAAUUUACUGAUUUUCUUAAUUCGGGAUCCACAAGUUGAUGAUGAUUCGGCUACUAAACUGAAAUGGCGAAGUAACAUUGUUUAUACAUGGGAAUUGCUAUUUAAAAUCCUUUUCAACGCAGGUUCUUGUGUCUCUUCAAGCUUCUUGCAUAAACAAAUUGCGACUCUGUGCUUGUCUUCUGACCGCUUAAGAAACCGGGCAGGCAUGGAGCUGCUCACUGGUUUUGUUAAGAGUUUGUCACAAUGCAGGAGGAUAAUUGCUGAAAAGCAUUGGAAUUGGAUUGUGCCUUUUGUCACUACUGUUAUGCAAAACAAUUUAUCAUCGGAAAAUUUAGAAUUCUGGAAAUCUCUUAUUCAAAUGGUUUUCUCAGAUUCUGAUCCCAUACUCUAUUGGCCACUAUAUAAUGUAUUGGUCAACAUGUUUAAAAAUAUAUCCUUGCAUCGAAUUUUGGAUGACUCAAAGCUCGACCUACUGAGUGAGUUAAUCAAAACAGUGGGCUGGCAUUUUCAAUUUGACCAAGUUGUUUAUGCUUUAUUGCUUCCGAGUUUGCAGCAAUCUCACGAAACACAUCGAGAUAUUAUUGCUUCUGUGUUAGCAGGAGUUGAACACGCUCAAAUCCACGAGUCCCAUGAUUGUGUUGAAGCCUUAUUGAAAACCAAUUUAUUAGCGGGCCCACUCGGUUUGUUUUUCGGAAAGAUUCCUACUACAAAAGUCAACGCCUUAACGAAGGCAUAUGAGGAAUUGGGUGUUUUGCGUAUUCAUGCAACUGAUAACUCAAGUUCUAAGGAUUAUGCACAUUAUGCAAGCUUAGUUGUUUAUUGGACAGAGAAGCUAAUAAUGUUACCCUGUGGAUUCGCCAUCUUGCCUAUGGUUUCGAGGUUAAUUUUUCCCGCUGUACUCCAUAUGUUAGAUGUGAAGGGCGACAAAGAUUUGCGGAAAGCAGCGACCUCUUUGCUUCAUCUUUUGGGAAAUUUGACUUAUCCGUCUGUAAUAGCGCAAGACUUCUGUGAAGCAUGCACAACUAUUUUGAAAAACCAGACUUCAUUAAGCCAGCGUUUGCAUGUUCUUGCUAUUCUUCCUCCGUUCAUGUUUCAACAUUCACUUAUUGUGAGUACGGAAACGAAGUUAUCUGUACUAGAAACACUUGUUACUAUGCUUCAUGAGGAGAGGCUUUGUGUUCGAGAGGCUGCGGCAGUCUCCAUGGCUAUACUAAUUCAGUACUUUACCAAACCGCGUCUUGAUGUUACUUUUAACUUGCGUAAAAUGUUACUCAAAGAUAUUGACACCACAUCAAUACAAGCGUCUGUGCCUGCAGAACCGUUACCGCAAGACAAUAGUAGUGAAGUGUUUGCUCAAAGAUAUGCUGCAAUUCUUCAACUUCUGGCAUUAUUCAACUCGAUGCCUUUUGUUGGCACAAAUGCUAAAGAGGCUAUUGAUGAUUUAAAAAUGUCACAUUCAGAUAUCUGGCAGUUUAUGGAUAAGUACUUCAUUGAGGAGGAGCUUAAUGAUUUUGAAUAAUCCACUGUCUAAUUAAGAGCUGCUAUCAUCAAGAUGUAUAAUGGAUAUUAUAUUUUGUAUAAAACAACGUUUCUUUAUUGGACGUAGCCGCAGCACCUUUCCAUGCUGUUGCAACUGCAACUAAAGAACUAUAGGCUUUAUUGACCCUAGCAAGGAGGAUUCUUUUAUUUAGUCAAAGUUGAAAUGCCGAUGCAAGGUAUCAGCAAAUAACUUUGAGUUGAUUGACAUCUAAAUUAUGUGUACAAUUACAAUAGGAGGGACCAAAACCAAUACCAGCCUAGCACUGCAAUUGCUUUAUUUACACUUCUGCAAAUGGUCUUAGUUGGAACGCCCAAGAGACAAUUCUGUGAGCACGUCAAUUGAAUAAACCCUAGACAUAACCCUUAAACAUCACUAUGAAUACUUUGAGUAAAACAACUGAUCCUUGUUUAACUACUUGUUUACGUUGGAUAGCUACCACAGAUUAAGUACUGUUUCAGAGACUGAUUUAUUAAAAGCAAAAAUAUGAAAUGUACUACUGAGUUGGACAGUUUACAUGCCAUAUCUGCUAACCAUUACCAUUCUAUUACCACUGCAACAUUCAAUUAUUCCGU